AUGCCUAAACUAGAAGAGAUUGAGGAUUAUGAAGAUAUUGAUAACCUGGAUAUGGAUCUAGCGGAAGUAGAUCCUUCAUUAAGCACACCGAUUGCUCCAAAGAUCACUCCUACAGUAGUUAGAAGUCAAGAUAUCGAAGAGAAAGCUCUCCAAGACCAAUGGAAAUCAAUGGCUGGCAACACUCAGAAUAAUGCUUCCAAUAACAAAAAUCAGAUCAAUUUUAUUAAUCCAAAAACUGGUCAGGUCGAACGUUCUGCUGGAAUGAGCAAACAAGAUUUACAAGAGAUUAAAAAAUUCCAAAUUUUAUACCCUUGCUAUUUUGAUAAAAAUAGAUCUCACAAGGAAGGUAGACGAGUUCCAAAAGAAUUAGCUGUCGAAAAUCCUUUAGCUAAGACAAUGGCUGAUGCAGCUCGUUCAUUAGGCUUAAUAUGUAUUUUUGAAGGUGAAAAAUGUCAUCCACAAGACUACGGUAAUCCAGGUAGAAUUCGUGUUUUGAUUAAGGAAGAUGGGGAACUUGCAUCCAGCGCUAAUAAUUAUAAAGGUGGUAAAAGACAAGUGAUGAGAGACAUGGCACAAUAUUUACAAAAACAUCCAACAACCAUAGCAGGUUUAAGGGAAAUUCCAUAUGGUCCUGAUUUUGAUGGUGUUGAAUUUAAGGAGAUUCCAAAGGUAAGAGGUUUCCAAAUGAAUAGCAUUGUACCAUUACACAGUCCAUUCUUGAUGGGUCAUCCAAUGACGAAGAGCAUAUAUGAUGCACCACCACCAAGUGCAGCCAUAACUAAUCCUGAAAAACCUAUGAAAAUGCCAAAGAAUAAAUAUAAGGUUAUUAGAAGAUAG